AUAUUAACUAAAUCUUUGCACACUCGGCCUGCAGUCAAAGAGUAUAAGAUAAUAGUAUCAGGUAUAAAUCAUUGCCAUGAGAUAAGAUAAUCCGAGAAGUCUGCGGAAAAACGUCCAGCAGACGAAAAAGUAGAGUUAUUCGGCAACUAAAAUGAUUGCAGACGACGUUGGAAAUUUGAAAAUUCGGCCUUUGACGCCGGAGCUACUGGACCAUGCGAUGAGGAAGCUGAACGAGGACCCCAAGCGGAGGGAGGCUGACGUGCAGGCCAUUAGGGACUGGCUGAAGAAGCAGGCGCACAUAGUUGGGCAGCCGGAUGACCAGAUGAUCAUCACUUUUCUCAGGGGAUGCAAGUUCAGUCUUGAGAGGACCAAGGAGAAGCUGGACAUGUACUACACAAUCAAGACGAUGGUGCCCGAAUUGUUCAAAAAUCGCAACCUCAAAAAUAAUGAGGUGCUUCAGGAAAUCCUCAAGCUUGGAUUUUUCUUCCCGGUGGGGGAAGAUGACGAAGGUCGCAAAGUUUAUGUGAUGGUAGGCGGCAAAGACGAACCAGGAAAAUACAAGGUGGAAGACGUAAUGAAGGUAAAUUUUAUGAUGAUGGACCAUAUCAUGAUGCACGACGAUGCAUCAGUCAUCAAAGGAACGGUGAAUGUGAUGGACAUGGCUCAAAUGAAGAUGGCACAUGCUACUCAGAUGAUGCCGAGCUUCAUUAAAAAAAUCACAGUUUGCUCAGAGGAAGGAUAUCCGUUCAGACCUCAAGGAAUGAAUUUCAUCAAUAUGGCUUCAUUCUUGAACACAAUUUUCAAAUUGUUCCAGUCUUUCAGCAAAGAGAAAAUAAACCGACGGACGUUUGUGCACGGCAAAGAUUUGGAAUCACUGUACAAAAAAGUGCCGAGAAAAUCAUUGCCAAAGGAGUACGGUGGAGACGCUGGCUCAGUGGACGAUCUCGCAAAGGAUUUUAUUGACAAAAUACUCGCUUUUAAUGACUGGUUUGUGGCCGACGAAAAGAACGGUGUGGAUGAGAAGAAGCGCACUGGAAAAUCGAAAACCCAGCAGGAUUUGUUUGGCAUGGAGGGCUCAUUCAGGCAACUCAAUUUGGACUAGCAAGCAACCGAUGUUGUGGCUUACAAUGUGAAAACUAAAAUCUUGAGCUUGAGGAAAAUAAAUUUUAUUUGAAUUCA